GGUUAUAUCCGGAUAAGAACACUCCACGUCUACGACUUUGCUUUUGACGGAUGUUCGCCGUUCGGAAGACAUCGAUUCGACAUUCUCCGAACCCCACCAUGGCCUAUCAAGGAAGAGUGGCAGAGCUUUACUCUGUAGAAGGUCCAGUUCUCGAGCCUCUGUCACUGGCUGCAAGAGGCAGUGGCGGAGGCGUGUGCUACGACCGUGCUUUUCUUGCCAGAUCUUCUCGGCACACACUUUUUUACAUCUUCUCCGAGACAUCGUACCGUCUUGAAGCUCAGGGCCGAAUCUUUGAAUUGUUUCUGUUUGUGGGCAAGCCUCGACCGGGAGAAAUUUGGACUGAUCGAACUUCGGGAUCCGAAAGCUGAAUUGGAGUCUGCUUCUGCAAGACCAGCCUGAGCGCGAUACACCCACAAUGCAGGCGUUAGGAACCUUGUCUGUCUCUCAUCGACCAAUCAGCCUGCCAAAUGUGCGUGCGGUGAUAGCAGAGCCCUCGGGGGAGCCUGCGCCGAUGGGACAGAAGACCAAGUACAACGAUUCAUUUUUUGACAAAAUGUUCAUGGGAAUCUUCACUACCAAAAUGGAAGAAGUCACAGGAAAGAAAACUGAACUCGAUGGCUACGAAGGACUCGUUGAGAUUUCCAGAAAAGUUAUGCAGGGCAGAACACCCCUACAGCAGCGUGCAGCUGUUCGUCAGGUUUUAAUGUCAACUUUACCACCUGGAGCCCCAGAACAAUUCAGGAAGCUAUUUCCACCGACAAAAUGGUCUGCAGAGUUCAACGCUUUCAUCACUAUUCCUGUCUUCAAGUGGCUGGUGGGGCCAUGCGAUUUACAGGACGUGGAAGUGAAUGGGGUUAUGCAGAAAAGUCUCGUUAAGAUCAAAAAGUGCAGGUAUCUGGAAAAUAGCGGUUGUGUUGGCAUGUGCGUAAAUAUGUGCAAACUUCCAACUCAGGACUUCUUCACGAAAGAAUUUGGUCUGCCAUUGUCAAUGACUCCAAAUUUUGAAGACAUGAGCUGCGAAAUGGUGUUCGGUAAAAUGCCAGCACCGCUAGAUGAAGAUCCUGCCUUCCAACAACCAUGCUUCGAAGCCAUUUGUACAAUGGCACAACCAAAAAGUCCUGUCUGCCCCAAGCUCAAACCGGCCACGGAAAGCGUCCAAACAGACUCAGUACUUGCAUGAGGUUUUCACCUUUUCAUAUGUACAUACACUAGCCUUGCGUUGGCACACCACAAAGAGGGCUUCAAUGUUCGAUAAGCAUCCUCGUCAUGUAUUUGACAAACUUGUACUAUAAAAAUUAUUUUUUAAGGAUCCUCAAUCGCAAACCACACACGGUUGGGAGACUUGUUUAUCCAACAGUCAGUCACCUGCUGUUUAUAUGGAUUUGUACUUUUCAAUCGCACACACUGAUGGAAAAUUGUAAUGUAUGUACUGUAGUAACAACUGUCCCGUUGCUGCAAACCAGUGUCCACAUAUCUGAUGGACACAAAGUACUGCUUUAUAUAUAAUCCCAAGGAUUGCAACCCUAAAUGUGCUCUACAUAUCUCUACAUAUAACCGCCGCUGUGAACAUCCAGCAAAUUUUCAAGCUCCAAGCUUGCCUCCCAUAAGAACACGCUUCAAUCACUCGGAUUGUCAACAAACCGAACGAUCCACGGACACAACUCCCAAAAAGAAGAAUCCAGCAACGAGGCGAAGGAUGUGUGAACACUGCAGUCUCUUACGGAGAUAAGAACAUUAGACCCAGAAUAGUUCCAUAUGAUGCACAUCAAAGCCGGCUGUCGCAGACUCUGAUGUAUCACCUCGAGUGAGGCGCUAUGGCCACAUAAUUCAGCAUUAUGCGACGACGAUCCACCUUAAUUAUUCACC